AUGGAGAGGCUCCUCUUCUCUCUGCUCCUGCUCAGUUUGACUGUCAAGGCUCAGCUUUGUCCAAAGCGUUGCAUCUGCCAGAACCUCUCCCCUUCCCUCUCCAUCCUCUGUGCCAAAACUGGGCUACUCUUUGUGCCUCCAUUUAUCGACAGGAGGACGGUGGAGCUGCGCCUCACCGAUAACUUCAUCACCACGGUGAAGAGGAAAGACUUUGCCAACAUGACCAGCCUUGUCCACCUCACGUUGUCGAGGAAUACAAUCAGCCAGAUCAUGCCUCUCACCUUUGGUGAUCUCCGCGGUCUUCGGGCUCUACACCUGGACAGUAACAGACUGACCAAGCUUGUGAAUGACCACCUGAAAGGCCUGGUGAAUCUCCGCCACCUAAUCCUGAACAACAAUCAGCUCAGCUACAUCUCGGAAGGAUCCUUUAAUGACUUCAUCACCUGCCUGGAGGAUCUGGACAUGUCCUACAAUAACCUGGAGCAGUUUCCUUGGGUGGCCAUCGCCAAAAUGGUCAAUCUGAACACGCUCACCUUGGAUCACAAUCUGAUCGACCACAUCGAAGAAGGGACAUUCUCUGUUCUUCACAAGCUAGGCCGAUUAGACAUGACAUCCAACAGACUACAAAAACUUCCUCCUGAUCCUCUUUUCUUAAGAACUCAGCUACUGGUUAAUGCCAAAGGCACUCAGUACUUCUCAUUGGUGCUCAGCUUUGGUGGAAACCCAUUGCAUUGUAAUUGUGAGUUACUCUGGUUGAGGCGCCUGACAAGGAAAGAUGACCUGGAGACCUGUGCAUCACCGCCUCACUUGAUGGGGAAAUAUUUUUGGUCAAUCUCAGAAGAUGACUUCACUUGUGAACCCCCUCUUAUCACACGGCUUUAUUCGACCAAGACGUUUGUUAUGGAGGGGCAGAGUGUGACGUUGAAGUGUAAAGCGAUUGGGGAUCCCGACCCUUCCAUUCUCUGGAGCUCGCCAGAGGGGAAACUGCUUUCCAACACGUCCAGGACGAUGAUAUACGACAAUGGAACCUUGGAUAUCCUGAUCACGACUCUGAAAGACAGCGGCAUGUUCACCUGCAUCGCUUCCAACGCAGCCGGAGAAUCAACCACCAACAUCACCAUUGGGAUCAUCCCGCUGCCCCACCUCGUCAACCUCACAAACCAGGUGCAGGAGCCCGCCCCGGGAUCAUCCGACAUCACCACGUCCACCAAAUCCGGCUCACCUUCCAACGGCACUGACACCAAGAGUCUGCAGGAUAAGAAAGUUGUGGUUACGGAACUGAGCACAACAUCAGCCCUCAUCCGGUGGCCCUCCCAACGGCCAAUCCCUGGGAUCCGGAUGUACCAAAUCCAAUACAACAGCUCCACUGACGAUACUUUGGUCUACAGAAUGAUUCCAUCUACAAGCAGAACUUUCUUGGUGAAUGACCUGGCUCCGGGAAGGGACUAUGACCUGUGCAUUUUGGCCGUCUAUGAUGAUGGGAUUACUUCAAUGACUGGCACUAGAGUGGUGGGCUGCGUCCAAUUCACAACCGAACAAGAAUACACCCAAUGCCAUUCAGUACACACCCAGUUCCUUGGUGGGACCAUGAUCAUCAUCAUUGGUGGCAUCAUUGUGGCCUCUGUGUUGGUUUUCAUCAUCAUCCUUAUGAUCAGGUACAAGGUCUACAAUAACACUGGGGAACACAAGACUGUGGUGAGCAACAUGUGCUCACAGACCAAUGGAGGUCAGAAUGGAGGAAUGACACAGUCCAGCUCCAAGCUCACCGAAGGUUCAGGUGAGUCCAUUCAAGAGAUUUUUGGUGAAUCCUCCAAAGGUUUGGUGACUGUGUUAUUGAACAUGUCUCGGGAAAAGGGUGAUUUUCCUCAAGCUACUGUGCUGACAGCAGACACUUUGUCUCACACACAAUGCAGGAGGACAAAGCCAGUUGUAGACCCCCAGAAAGAAGCUCAUCUGUCCUCAGAAGAGGGACAGACAGAGGGGAGCACAACUGACUCCAGCUUGUCGGUUUGCUUGAUUAGACCGCGCAAGGUCACGCUACCUCGAAGGGAAAAGGAAGCUAAACUAAGCAAUGUAUCUGUUCUGCCCUGCGAAAUCUCGAGAACCCACCAUAGACAUUCGUUUGAUGGAGACUAUUCUCUGUUCCAGAGCCACAGCUACCCAAGGAGGGCACGGACUAAGGCAAAUCUGACUGGCAGUGGGCAGAAUUUGAACUCUGAUGACACUGUCUUGGAGAACAAGAGAACCACGUGCAGCAGCACAGAAUGGAUGUUGGAAAGCACAGUGUGA